AGGCUUGGGAGGCGGGAUUUUACAGCAUGCCUGUUAUGCUAGGUUCGUUGCCAUGGACUUUCUCCACCCAGGAAGCUGGUGUGUUGUACUGUAAUUUCAUUGCAAACCCAGAAAACGACGUUUAAAACGUAAAAUAAUCGCGAAAUGUUAUUGAAGAUUCGGAUAUGUUUAAGACAUUGAUAGUAGUUCUUCAUGAUCUUCAGGACAGAUUCUUGAUGGGUGGAGGCAAGUCAUCUUUUUGCCCCCUGCAAUGAGGAGAAGGUCCUGUUCAUCCCUAAAGGAGGCGUGAUGGCUGGUAAGGUGAAGUGGGUGACUGACAUUGAAAAAUCUGUGCUUGUCAACAACUUUGAGAAGAGAGGAUGGACCCAAGUGACCGACACCGAAGACUGGAACUUUUACUGGAUGAGUAUCCAGACUAUACGUAAUGUGUUCAGCGUUGACACGGGAUAUCGCCUAUCUGAUGAUCAGAUGGUUAACCACUUCCCAAACCACUAUGAGCUGACAAGGAAGGAUCUAAUGAUCAAGAACAUUAAGCGCUACAGAAAGGAGUUGGAGAAGGAGAACAGCCCUCUUGCUGAGAAAGAUGAGAAUGGGAAAUAUGUUUGCCUGGAUUUUGUGCCGGUGACGUUCAUGCUCCCAGCGGACUACAAUCUUUUUGUAGAGGAAUUCCGUAAGAGUCCAUCCAGCACGUGGAUUAUGAAGCCUUGUGGAAAGGCUCAGGGAAAAGGCAUCUUCCUUAUCAAUAAACUCUCCCAAAUUAAGAAAUGGUCACGAGAUAGUCGCACUUCCACUUUCUUGACAGCUAACAGUGGAAAGGAGGCGUAUGUGAUCUCUCUGUAUAUCGAUAAUCCUUUGUUGAUUGGAGGGAAAAAGUUUGAUUUGCGUCUGUAUGUUCUUGUCACAACUUACCGGCCACUGAAGUGUUACAUGUAUGAACUCGGCUUUUGUCGAUUUUGCACAGUUAAGUACACACCCAGUACAAGUGAACUGGAUAACAUGUUUGUUCAUCUGACAAAUGUGGCAAUUCAGAAACAUGGGGAUGAUUAUAAUCCUGUUCAUGGAGGUAAAUGGACAGUCAGCAACCUGCGCCUGUAUCUGGAGAGCACCAGAGGAAAGGAAGUCACUAACCAUCUCUUUGACCAGAUCCACUGGAUUGUGGUGCAGUCCCUUAAAGCUGUGGCUCCUGUUAUGAUCAAUGACAAACACUGCUUUGAAUGUUACGGGUAUGACAUCAUUAUUGAUGACAAGUUGAAGCCGUGGCUUAUUGAGGUAAAUGCCUCCCCUUCACUCACCUCCAGCACUGCAAAUGAUCGCAUUCUGAAAUACAAUCUCAUCAAUGACACACUCAACAUUGUUGCCCCAAACGGAGAGAUCCCUGACUGCAGAUGGAACCGUAACCCACCUAAAGAAGCUCUUGGCAAUUACCAAGUUCUUUAUGAUGAGGAACAGGCUAUGAGUGAGAAUACAGAUCGUGAUCUCCGGAGUCGCUCAGGUCAGUCACUCGCGUCGAAGAGCACAAAACCUGGCAGUGCGCGUCCAGUCACGGCCACCUGGAAGUGAGCUUACAAUCCUAACUACGGAGCUCAGAGUUUACUUUUAUUUCCUCCCUAUGAAACAGAGAUAGACUGUGGGAACACGGAAGCCCUGAAUGAGAAACAUGAGAGAAUUUACCUGCACAUUCCUGCAUGAUAAGACUACAGUGAAGACCACGUGAGACAGAAGAGUCCCUUUUGUUGCAUGAGAAAUUUGAAACAAUUUAAAAGAAAGUGGGAAGGAUAAAUACCCCGAAGGCACCCAAACUUUCAACUGAAUUUGGUUGAAAACAUACCACGUAUAUCAGUGUUUCUUGGUAUUUUGUAUAAAAUGUCAGUCACUUUUCUAUGUCACUUAUUUAUUGUUUAUGCAAUGUACUUUAAAAAUAUAUACUGAUAUUUAAAAAGUGCAUUCAGUAUUAUGUUUUCUGAGUUAGAAGACAGAAAAGAAACUUUGCAAAGCAUUAUGUAAAAUCUGCCCAAUAAUACAAAUCCUUUAAAAAGGAAACCCUUAGCCAUGAGAGAUGGUGUUUUUGAGAUGGUGAAGGCUGGAGAAAUUGAAUAAACUGUCCAAAGUGUC